AUCUAGUAAUUUUUUUCCAGUGUGUAGAGUUAAAGUUAAAAAAAGUCAGAAACUUUAUUUUCGAUGGAGAAGCACGCAACAUUUUUCAUCGUUAUUAUUCGCGAUUUAUGAUUUGUCAAAAUAAUUAUGCCACCCUCGGGGAAGAGAACACGCGUCUUCGUGGCGCGAGCGAGGAAAAGAGCCCGCGUGGCUGGAGACGAGAGAACAAGAUGUACCGUAAGUCCGCCGAGAAUGAUAGCCCGUCAAGGCUGCUGCUUGACAGUCUGACCCCAUGCCACGAGGCCGCGACCGGUAUAUUUACCACCUGGAAGUGCUUAGAAGGGAUUUCUCAUCCGCGUUUCCUAAUGGUCUAUUAUUGGACUAUUGAAGGGAAUGCUUUGGCGAGGGCUGCCACGCCUGCCGCGCGAAAGUUAUGGGAUAGGAUAACAAUGGCACAUAAAACAGACGGCUACAAAUUAGCUCGGGUCAUCGUAACUUUGACUUGCGUUUUAAUCUUUUCUAUGCAAACCAUGUACAGUAUAAUUAAAAUGUAAAGAAGAGUCCUUCAAACGAAGCAAAGGCUCGCGCAUUGCGCAAGAUCAAUUUCCAUUUCUACAACGCAGGGUGUUUCAAGAUUUUUACAAAUUCUAAUUUAGACACCGUGAUAUUUUAUUCUGAUUUUUACAUUUAUUUCUUAAAGAAAAAACAUAAUACGUGCUAAAUUGAAAAAUAUAUAACGAUGUUAGGUUUCUUUACAUAAAUAAAUUGAAUUACAUUGAUUUUAUAACACUUUACUCUCACUUCACACGGUUACAAUCUUCCCUCGUGCACGAAAGUUCCAAACGCUCGAUUAAACACGAAGAAAACGAUUCAAAAAGACCGCCAUACGGAAUCGAUACUGAACGACGACGGCGCUCGUGAAGUUUAGCGUCGCGUCGAUUGUGCCACUACACUAGCACAUGUUGCAUAAUACUUUAUCUUAGUCUCUUUCUCUUUUGAUUCGAUCGCGGGGAAAAAAAAUAAUCAUACGCGUCGAACACGCGCGAGAAGACGUGCGCGCACUGCAUUGAGUGCUGGUUUGGUGAAGUUCGUGCCGGGUGAAGUACAGCUUGGAACUCCUCAAGCAGGCAGCAUCGACUGACCCAAUGACUGCAGCCAUCUAUUCGCCAACACGAAAGUCUCGCGCACGCGUGAAAGAGUGAGCACACCAGUGUGGUAUUAAUACGCCAGAUUUUAAAGUGAAUCUUAGAAAUCUUAGCGAGACUUUCCCCAUUUUUUCCUACACAAAUAUUUAUCAUACUACUCCUAGAAUUAACAAUGAGGAAGAUAAGAUAUAGAUAAAAACUAAUUGCAGGCGUGAACUACUUUUCUGAUUGAUAUCUACAGCGGAAGUAUCAAUUAAGUGCCACGAAUGCGCUUAGAGUUGGUUUUAAAUUGUUUAAUGGAAGAAAUGCGAUUCUCUUCGAAUGCUAUUAUAAAAAUAAGAAAGAAUUAAACCAGAACAUUAUCGCAUUAUUGCAAUGCGAAUAAGAGCGCGAGAUUCGGUCUGUAUGAUUACAAUUGUCUGACUGUACCAUUAUCAGUAUGUAUCUACUUUCUAUUGCCACUUAUAAUUAAAGAAUUAGAGAACGGCGGUGCGUAGAGAAAAUGAACUUUGCAGUUACGGAGCAACGUUCCGUGAUACGAUCGGUAUUUCUUCGCUGACAACAAUUGUCAAUGAAUAUCGGGAACAAAAACAAACGCUUCAUCCAAACAAAUGCGAAAUCGCGUUAAAUAACCGCGCGUCGAGGCGUCAACUGGUAAUUUCGACUUCAUACAAUUACUCAACCUCGCUCGAAGUAUACAUCCCCGGAAUACCUCGCGACUACCUCGAUGAAGCAAUCAGAACCGCAUAGCGGCGAAAUUACGCGCGCUGAUGUGCAAAAGUUGACGCGCGCGCGUCAUCAAUUACGUUGUUACUCAUUCCCGCCGUGACGCGAACACGCGUAAAAGACAGAAACGCUAACGUUACACCGCGGGACACGAUCGCUUCCACCGUGCGAUCGUACUGAACCUCGUUAACCUUGACAUUUUGAGCGACUCUCUUGUCGCGCGUUUAUUUUAGAAAGGUAGAACGCGACACGUACCGCGACGAAUUUCUGCCCCGCGGGCCGAUAGGCGAUAGUAUUGCGUACGGCGCGAUUACUUCUAUCAUCAUCUAUUUAUGCGACAGAAUCUCGUCUCGAAGCACCGCCGCCUUCUUUUCAUUAUAAACGCAUGCCCUCAGUAUAGGCUGACGUGAGUGCUUGUUUUUUAUUCGAUGACAAAUUUUUUAGUCAUUCUUCUCCUCGCGACUUAAUAUUUCGCGUAAUUUUUCAUUCAAAUUUUAUAGAGCCUAAUUAAUCUCAAGUCCCUUUACCUUUAAUUACCUUGCACAUCGUUCAGCCUUUUAACUGUAUUACAGAAAAAUGUCUCAUAAAAGGGAAUUUUCUUGUAGACUUCGGGUUUAAUUUUUAAUUGUUGUCACAGCUCUCGUACGUCAGUGUUUUUGAUGAAAAUAUUUUAACGAAAAUAUUUCCUAUAAUAUUCAUAAUUUUUAGAAGAAAGGAGGAUAUUAUAUUACAGCCCAAGCAUAUUUUAUUUAAUACUAAUGUAGCUAAUAAGAAAUGAAUUUUUGCAAGAUCUGUUUGUAAAAUCAAGAUCAACUGAGAUUUGGCGGGAUUGAUCAGUGAGAUGCAAUCACGGAUAAUAAUCGUCAACUCGCGCAUCGAACGAAGAGCGCUGUUCGCUACGAGAUAUGCUAAUCUCUGGACGAGGAUAUUCCAGAAGAAGAGGAAACCGUUGGCGUCAGAGGUCUUAACGAGCUACCUAUUGCAAGCCGACGAGCCCCCCUGGACCUCGUACUUCGUCCGGUACGCCGACGUUGUGAACGAUCAGCGGGGAAUGUCACACUUCAAUUGGCCGGCGGGCGGCAGCAAUUACCACGUACUUAGGACCGGCUGCUUCCCGUACAUCAAGUAUCACUGCAGCAGGCGGCCGGCGCAGGAUCUCAGCGGCGAGGACAGAUUCUUCAAGGCGAUCAAGAUAUUGAACCUUGGUAUUCCCACCCUGAUGUACGGACUGGCCGCGACGCAGCUUAUCCGGCACCGCGAGAUCGUGAGGACGCCUCGGGGUGACGUGACGAUCUACUUCUUGCUACCGGAGGACAAAGGCUCGCCGUACUGAGACCCGCACCCUGCGACGCUAAUCUACGUUGGGUCUCGGCGUCACGGCCUUCCACGGAGAUGACAUUAACGGCAACGAAAUGCAGAGCCGUGCCGGAUGAUCCUUUUUUUUCAACAUCUCCCUCCUCGUUACUGGUAAUUCCGAGUCCUCGAGCGCAAAACAUAGUGGGAAUCGAGCGACGCAAAAAAAAAAAACUCUCAGACACCGCGACUUUUAUCCGUGACGGAUACUAAUUUUGUUAACUCGGAAAACAGAGACGUUGGAAGUGCUCCGAUUCGGAGCAAUGUCACGCGAAAGAAUACGGCAGGUAUUUAUUCGUUAAUAAACAGCUACACCUUGACACGGACAGUUGAUUUCUUUUGCAGUUGUUGCUUUAUGUGAAAUACAAUUUUGAGAGAUUUUAAAACGCUACAUCAGGUCUCUCGGUUAAAUACAAUCGCAAACGAAAAUUGCGCUGGUAAGAAAACUUGAUAUUCGGUUUCAUUGUAAGAUUAUAAAAACUGGUUUAGCAGAUAGAUUUAUCUUCAGCUCGAUAAACAGCGCGUGCCAGUCAUCGCUCCUCCAUCCAUCAGUCAAUUAUUAAAUCGCGAAGGCUUUCAUCGUCAGCGACGGUAUCAGUCACUUGAUACGAAUCCGCAGGCGAUCGUGAUACAGCCUCGUGUCAGGGGAUCUAAACGCGAGCUCUUCAGAAGCUUCGACGACGCGCCGAUAAUGUGAAACCUCGUUAAUGAGGCCCGCCGGCAAUCCGCAUGCGUGGAACACGGUGCGAAUGCGUAUAUAUAUAGUUAGAAUAGUCUUCUAAUCGACUACUACCCGUGUUCCCUCCGCGAUCCGCUAAUGCAUUAACGUCGGGCUCGACCAAGAUCUCUCCGCCCUGGACCUGUUACCGCGGUGGGUACGGAUGAACAUCGACGACGAGAGCUCUCGCGUUGCUCCGAUCGUCAGCAUGUAAACUGGGGAUUUACGAGCGCACGUGCUUGCAACGCGAAUAAUAAUUCGUAUUAAUUAUCGAUCGAUAUACGAUGCGAUCGGAUACGUUAUCCGGCAAGCGUGUAAGUACGAAUCCUAAUUUGAAUUGAUAGGUGCUUACAUUGUUGCGUUAAAUUGUGCACGAAUUUUGACAAUAAUGUUUAUUCGAUAAGAUAUUCCAGUAUAUCCGUGAUUUUUCGUAGCUUUACAAUUACGUUUCCUUGUAGAGAUAAAAUAUAAAUUUCCAAAUUUCCACACGGAGAAAAUUUUCUCUUUAAAAUUUACUGUCAAACUCUAAUUAUGGAAUAAUAUAUAACCUCGAGGAAUUUUGCUAUAUUUUUUAGUAAAAUUUACUAUUCUCUUAGUAAACUGUACUAAAAGCAUAAUAAACUAUACUUUUAGUAAAUUUUACUAAAAGGUACAGUAAAAUUCCUCCAGGUAACGCAUUAUCUCACAAUUAUCAGAUUUUGAGGGUAAAUUUUAAGAGAAAAUUCUCUCCGUGUAUAUUACAUAUAUUUUUGUAAUUAAAAUUUAUUCUAAUUUACACACCUGAUUUCUAAUGCCUUGUAUUUUUUUAUAAAUACUACAGAAGCAAAAGAGACUUUAUCCAGAGGAAACUUUAGACCUUCUAUUCGUUUUUGUAAUUUUUAUCAAUCUUCUUUUUAAUUAUGCAAUUUCAUGCUUAAUUUGAUUCAAUUUUACUUCAACUUUUCCAAGCUCCAGAUUAGAAUAUUUUUCAACUUUAAAUAACACGAUAUUAUGCACAAUAGCUACGGCUAUGUAAUGAGUUGCCACCUGUUAAUAUAUACUUAACUACCGUUUGAACAUUAAUAAUAAGUUAUCGCGGCAAUUUCUGCAACCGUAACGAAUCUGGAAACGAACGCGGUGAAAGUAAAUGCAGAAAACCAGCGGUGACCUGCGAUUUUUUUUUUCUGCAAAAACAGAUCAGGCAUAAAAGCGUUAUCAGCAGGUGCAGUGAUAUUUGGAUCUCAAAUCGCGGAACCGGCGCGGCGGUAGGCAAAAAUUUGUUAGCAAACCGUGAAGUGUUGCGCAACAACAUUUCAUGUCUUUUCCCCGACGUUUGCAAUUACGUUGGAAAGUUCCCGCUGUUUCGAAUGCAAACGACCCUACCCGUCGAUGACAUGACGCACGCACUUCUCCAAAUGGUCAUUUAUCACCCGAUGAUUACGUCGACAAACACAUGAAAUAAAUAAAAGCCGUAUUAAGAAAAAA